GAAGGCUCACGAGAAGCAUAAAAGAAAUGGCAAGAGAGAAAAAGAGAUAGAGAAGUUAUGGGACACUUUUUGAUUGGUCUUCUUGUGGUUAUUUUGUUUAUUGGAAAUGUUAUCCAAGAAGCAAAUGGUGAAAUAUCUCGAUCAGUUUUGAGCAAAAUAGAGAGGAUGAAUAAGAGAGGUCCUUAUUUGGGGAUUGUAGCUCCAAACAACUUUGAGCUUAAUCCUCUUCUCGCUUCUCAAGCCUAUGUUCCAUAUCCCUCUUUGCCCUUCAUCGAUUUCGCUGGUAGAAGAUUUAGAUUUGGAAAAAUAUCAAACCAACGAGUGGUAAUCGUGAUGACGGGAUUAGGAAUGGUAAAUGCAGGAGUAGCAACUCAAUUACUAGUAAGCCUGUUUAGGCUGAAAGGAGUGUUGCAUUAUGGAAUCGCUGGAAACGCAGAUGUUAACCUAGAGAUCGGUGACGUCACUAUUCCUAAAUCUUGGGCUCACACUGGUCUUUGGAAUUGGCAGAGGUAUGGAGAUGGAAUUGACGACGAGUUGGCUUUGGAAGCCGGCGGAGACUAUACUCGGAAUAUUGGUUAUCUCCAGUUUUCCAAUUACAGUAACCAAACCGAGAACUUGCUCAAUAGAAUUUGGUACCAACCGGAAGAAAUAUUUCCGGUCACCGGAACUCCCGAAGUCCGGGAACACGUGUUCUGGAUUCCCGUUGACAAGUCCUACUUGGAUCUUGCACGCCAACUCGAGGGCACGAAACUACCACAGUGCGUGAACACCACGUGCCUUCCUCGAGCACCGAAGGUAACCAUCGUUGACCGUGGGGUGAGUGCAAGCGUCUUCGUCGACAACGCAGCUUACCGGACUUUCCUCCGCUCCAAAUUCAACGCCACCGCCGUCGAAAUGGAAAGCGCCGCCGUAGCUCUCAUCUGCCACCAGCAAAGCCUCCCUUUCGUCGUCAUUCGUGCCCUCUCCGAUCUCGCCGGCGGUGGCUCCGACGUUUCCAACGAGGCUGACUUGUUCGGCAGCCUCGCCGCGCAAAACUCCGUCGAUGUUCUCGUCAAGUUCGUUGGUUUGUUGCCUCCACACAGAAGCCAUAAGAUUCAAUCACAAUAGUGUGGAAUUGUGGAUGUGUAUUCUAAGUUCUAAUAAAGAGUGUAACGUAAAAAUAAGAUGUAUCGAUCUGUUUUCUUUUUCUAAUAAUAAGAGCAGCUUUGUUUUGUU